AGCCCCACUCGAGAGACGCCCGCGAGGGUGCAUGAGGGAAUAUGAGCAGCAAAUAUAAGACCUGUACGCCUCCACGAUAGACACUCGAUAUCAAGGAUUGCUUCAUGUAAUUUCCUUCCCUCUUCUUCACGCAAUUUUUCUACAAAAGCAUCUAAACCUGCGACCAUUGGCUGGUAUCAGCACAAUUACCCCACCAUGCCUCUCCUCGACAAGCUCUCCGCCAUGAGAGGCGAGAAGACAAACGUCGAAGCUUCUGAAAAGCUGCCCGAGAAUGUAGCACCCGUUGCCGCUGCUGCAGCAAGCAAAGAAGCUCCCCCAUCCUACGCCGUCACCGAUCCUAUCAGCGAGUCAACAGGCCCUUCCGAAGCAGAGCUCAAUGCUGCAUUCGCCUCCCUGAAUAUCUCGUCGACACCGAAAGAGUUCCCAGAUGCAGACACCUGCCUCGCACAUCUGAAGCUUCUCUCUGCCUUCCAUGGCCUGAAGGAAGAUGUUGGCUACACAGAUGGGCUAUUCAAUCUCUGGGAUGCGAGGUGCGAGAUGGUGGAGAACAGGGAUGAGACAUUGGCGAAGAUGAGAGAGAAGCGGUGGGCUUUAUACAUCGCCAGAGCUGUAGAACGAUUUGAGGAGUGGUGGUUGAAAGUACUGGUCAACAUGGAACCAAGUAAGAGAUUAGAGGGCAAGGAGAUGGUGGCUACGAAUGCCGAUUUUGUGAGCUUCACCUCGAGGGGCAGGCCACAACAAUGGACGGCUGCCAUGUUACCUCCAAUUGAUGUCCUUAUGGUUUGGCACUCAUUCAUGCUCAAUCCUCGAAAUUAUGAAGAAGACUGUGUUCGAUUCGGUCUCAAGGAUCUCUGGGCUACAGGCAUGCCCUGGAUCGCGGUUAACGCAGCAAUCGAUACAAGCUUUCACUAUAAUGUUCCCGAGGAAGCGAAGACAAAGUUCACUCAAGCAACAAGACGUCACUGGAACAAUGCUGAGGACUCUCUCAUGAAGAUGGUGCAUUGCCCCAGAUGCAGUCAGCAACUUGAUAUUCCAUGGACCACCUGCUGUCAGAGCGAGAAGACGCCUGCCAAGGAGGUCGCAGACAUGAAUGGGCAAGGCUUUGGAGACCGUGAUUUAUCUUUCUUCUGCCUCAAGUGUGGUUCUGAAGUCAAUCAUGAUCUGCUUCGAGUUACGAAGUUCAAGAAAGACACCGAGAAUCUCAUCAUGAGAGAUUGGCCACUUGGAGGUACAAUCUUGUCACCGGAAAUUGGCGCACCUGUGGCACCAACGACAAUUGAAUGGAACACAUAUCCAUAUACUUUCCCCAACAGACUUGUUGGACUUGAGCUGCGAGCCCAGGUCAUCGAACUGGUCAAUAAUGGGAAUCCAACGAUGAACGACAUCAAAGAGCUCAUCGAAGGUGCUAUCAAGGACAAAUCUGUUGUCAAGAAGGUCAACAGUAAGUCAGUAUUCGAAAGUGGUGUCUUGAAACGACAAGAACGACUUGCCAUCCGCAAGAUGAUGUCCAGGUAUUGGGAAAACCCUUCCAUCUUUGCCCUUGAACUUGGCGGCGCUGUCAUUCGUCAAAGCGUCUUCGUUGAUAAGAUGUAUCAAAUCGACUGGCUUCACAGCCCUGCUGCACGACAGACGAUGGACCGUCUUCUUCAGAAAUACUCUCGAUUUAUUCACAUCAUCGCUACUUAUCCAUCAAAUACUGCUGUCCCUACACUAGAUGUCGAUCUUGGGUGGCAUACACAUCAGCUUUCAACAAAGUCAUACUUUGAUUACACUAUGGUCAAGUGCAAGAAGUAUAUCGAUCACGAUGAUAAAAUGGAUGAAGAUGCACUUUCUAGUGGUUUCGAGUGGACUAGCAAGACUUACGAAAAGUUAUUCAAUGAAGUAUAUUCUGAAUGUACUUGCUGGUACUGCGAAGCCAUCCGAUCCAAGCAUAUCUCCCGAUCCAACAAAAUUUUUGGGACGUCGAAGCACGAGAAGGUACUGAACAACUUCUACGAUUCCGGAGCAGCGAAGCUCUGCCCUCCAGAUAACUCUGCGCAUAUUUCAUCUCACAACGCUGUGAAGGUCGUCGAAUCGGAGGCCCGCACAGCCGUCUAUGCAGCCCUACGCAGAAGACGGGAGCUUGAAUUGGAAGAAGCAUACAAGAAGGCAUGCAAGAGAGCGCAAGCCAAAGGGAGACCUAUUCCACCAAGACAGGAUUACUACUAUGGUGCUUGGGGCUAUCCGUACUUGAUGUAUGGACCUUGGAUGAGCUAUGGCAUGAUGGGGGGCGUCUACUAUGCUGGUGAUCCUUGUGUCAUGCCAAUGGGCGCUGGGAUGGCUGGUAAUUGCGCUGCUGGAACUUGCUCAGGAGGAGUUGGAGCGGGAGGUUGUGGGUAAGUCUUGGAGAGCACUUUUCUAUUAUUUCACGAUUCUAGCACUAUAUUCUAGAGUUAGUGCUCUAGAUACUCUCCUAGGACACGCAGUUCUACCCCCAGAAUCCUAAAAAGGUAUGCUGACUGUGGGAAAAUAGUGGCCCCGGCGGGUGUGGUUCUGGAGGAGGUUGCGGAGGAGGUGGUAUGGGAGGCUGUGG